UAUUAGCUGCUUCUACAAAUCAAAGGGAUAUAUUUGCUAUUAUCAAGAAUGCAUGGGUUUUCUUGAUAUUUCAACAUAUUUGAGGAGCAUAUAUAAUAUUUUUCCAAAAAUAUACAUUAGAAAGUUCUGUUGAUAAAGAUAUAGAGAUUAAAAGUAUUAAAUUUCUUCUAAAGUAGCAAAGGGAAAGUGUAUAUUAACAAAGAUUCAUGGAUCAAUAAAAUAAAGUUUGAGCUACAGUGACUAAAUAGAAACAAUUAAAACAAUCCAAGUCAAUGAUGGAAUAACCCAAGAAUCCAGGAGGGUAGACCACCCCAGAAUGGACAUUGAACGUACUUUUUAAAUGUCCUUUGUGACGGAAAACAGACGUGUGCCCACCAAUGGCAUGGCUCCUUGCCGCAGUGACGCCAUGCAGGCCGCUGUGUGCCAAUUAUGGGCGCCCAAAAGGGGCCAGGAGAGGAUCUGGGCCAACCACGGCGCCUCCAGCAGCGUCGUCACGCACACCGACAGGGGAUGGGACACACACACACACACACACAACUAACACGACACAAUACCACCACAAAACAAGCAACCCAAGCACCAACUAACCAACCUCCCUUCCUCACUUCCUCCUCUUCAGUCCUACUAGUUCAAGGCGAAGUCGCGAAUUGUCCAGAACUACUGAGGCUGGGCGAGCUCUCAAUAUUCCCAGUUCUCUUCUUCUUCUUCUUCUUCUUCUCCCGCUCUUUGUCUCGACCGACGGUUCUUCUUUCGUUUCGUUUCGUUUCGUUUCUUUUGCUUUGGUGGAGUGCGGCGCGAUGGGGCGCCACUUGCUGCUGGUGCUGGGCCUGGUUCUCGCGGCCGGCGUGGUGGGUAGCUUCGGUGCUGCGGAGGAGGCGGCGAAGCUGGGCACCGUGAUCGGAAUUGACCUGGGCACGACGUACUCGUGCGUCGGGGUGUACAAGAACGGUCACGUAGAGAUAAUCGCCAACGACCAGGGCAACCGCAUCACUCCGUCGUGGGUGGCGUUCACCGACAGCGAGAGGCUGAUCGGCGAGGCUGCGAAGAACCAGGCCGCCGUGAAUCCCGAGCGCACGGUGUUCGACGUGAAGCGGUUGAUCGGGCGGAAGUUCGAGGACAAGGAGGUGCAGAAGGACAUCAAGCUGUUCCCGUACAAGAUCAUCAACAAGGACGGGAAGCCGCACAUUCAGGUGCAGGUGAAGGAUGACGAGGCGAAGGUGUUCACGCCCGAGGAGAUCAGCGCCAUGGUACUGCUGAAGAUGAAGGAGACCGCGGAGGCGUACCUGGGGAAGAAGAUCAAGGACGCCGUGGUGACGGUGCCCGCGUACUUCAACGACGCGCAGCGACAGGCGACGAAGGACGCCGGGGUGAUCGCGGGGCUGAACGUGGCCCGCAUCAUCAACGAGCCGACCGCGGCCGCCAUCGCGUACGGGCUGGACAAGAAGGGCGGGGAGAAGAACAUUUUGGUGUUCGAUUUGGGCGGCGGCACGUUCGACGUGAGCGUGCUGACCAUCGACAAUGGCGUGUUCGAGGUGCUGUCGACGAACAGCGACACGCACCUGGGAGGGGAGGACUUCGACCAGCGCAUCAUGGAGUACUUCAUCAAGCUGAUCAAGAAGAAGUACAACCGGGACAUCGGCAAUGACAAGAAGGCGAUCGGGAAGCUGAGGAGGGAGGCGGAGAGAGCGAAGAGGGCCCUGAGCAACCAGAACCAGAUCCGCGUGGAGAUCGAGUCGCUGUUCGACGGCGUGGACUUUUCGGAGCCCCUGACCCGGGCGAGGUUCGAGGAGCUGAACAACGAUCUGUUCAGGAAGACGAUGGGGCCCGUGAAGAAGGCGAUGGAUGAUGCCGGGCUGAAGAAGACGGACAUCGACGAGGUCGUGCUGGUGGGAGGCAGCACCCGGAUUCCGAAGGUACAGCAGCUGUUGAAGGACUACUUCGACGGCAAGGAGCCGAACAAGGGCGUGAACCCGGACGAGGCGGUGGCGUACGGGGCGGCGGUGCAGGGAGGGAUCCUGAGCGGGGAGGGAGGCCAGGAGACGAAGGACGUAAUUUUGCUGGACGUGACGCCGCUGACGCUGGGAAUCGAGACGGCGGGGGGAGUGAUGACGAAGCUGAUCCCCAGGAACACAAUGAUCCCGACGAAGAAGUCGCAGGUGUUCACGACGUAUCAGGACCAGCAGACGACGGUGUCGAUCCUGGUGUUCGAGGGCGAGCGCAGUCUGACGAAGGAUUGCCGCGAGCUGGGGAGGUUCGAGCUGACGGGGGUCCCCGGGGCUCCGAGGGGCGUCCCCCAGAUCGAAGUGACCUUCGAGGUCGACGCGAAUGGGAUUCUGAACGUGAAGGCGGAGGACAAGGGUACGGGGAAGUCGGAGAAGAUCGUGAUUACGAACGACAAGGGUCGGCUGAGCCAGGAGGACAUCGACCGGAUGGUAAAGGAAGCGGAGGAGUUCGCAGAGGAGGACAAGAAGAUGAAGGAGAGGAUCGACGCGCGGAACAGCCUGGAAACGUACGUGUACAACAUGAAGAAUCAGGUGGGCGACAAGCUGGGGGAGAAGAUGUCUGUAGAGGACAAGGAGACGAUCGAGACGGCGACGAAGGAGGCGUUGGAGUGGUUGGACGAGAACCAGAGCGCGGAGAAGGAGGAUUUCGCGGAGAAGUUGAAGGAGGUGGAGGGGAUAUGUAACCCGAUCGUGUCGAAGGUGUACCAGGCGGCGGGCGGAGCCGGCAAGGGGGGCGCAGUUGAGGAGGGGGAGAGCGACAACGAGAGCCACGAGGAUCUGUAAUGGAGGCAGGGGCGGAUGUUGACCGAUGGGGUUGUCGUUCGCAAUUGGCGUGCGCGUGGUGGCGUUGAGAAGGAGAGGUAGGGGGUGCGAUCGCAGGGCCGCGUGUGUAGAACUGGGUGGCAGAAGUGCGGAGGGGUGCCGUGCAACGAGGGCGCGAGGAGUCCUUGCGACGGCGUGGUGCAAUAUGAGUGCCGUAAUCCGGCGCAGCGAGCGCCGAGAGUCGAUGCUUAGGAGCAGCAGAGGUAGCAGCUGUUGCAGGAGACGAGAUUGGGAUAUCGUAGGAAGAGAAAAUGGCUGUGCGGGAGCUUUGUAGGAUUGAGGUAGUUUUUAGUUUCUUCGGCCUGGGCGGGCGUUACCUACAGUUGAUUGGGUGAUACGUGGAUGAUGUGAUGCAUGCGAGACUAAUGUAAAGCCAGCAUCGCUUCAUUUGGUGAUGCAUUCA